GGGGGGGGGGGUAUCAGCAGCAGCAGCAGCAGCAGCAGAGGAGGAGGAGGAGGAGAUCUUGGGCAACUUGGGCUCCGGAGCCGGUGCUCUCCUCUUGGUGCGGCGCAGUCUCAGCUCUUCCACCGGACCGGUAUGCACUACCCGCGGAGAAGGAAGUGAACCGACCGAGACAGAAAGAUGCAGGCGGAGGACAUGGAGGUACCUAUCAUUAAUAACCUUAACGAUAACGGCGACAGACAGAGGCCGAAAGGGAAAGAUGUGUUCAAGGAUCAGCAGAAGGAGUCGGAGAGCUCCAUGGAGUCUCCCAACCUGGAGUUUGAGUAUGGAGACACUGACACACUGACUGCAGAGCUUUCAGAGCUCUACAGUUACACAGAGGAGCCUGAAUUUGCCCUGAACAGAGACUACUUUGAGGAGGACUUCAGGAGCCAUGCUCGAGGCAGGAGGUGGAUCGAGCUGACGGUGGAGGAGCAGAGGGCGUAUGUGAUGAGGCUGCUGGAUGCGCUGGAGGUGACUGAUAGAGACAAGAGGCUGAAGGUGGCCAGGGCCAUCCUGUACCUGGCACAGGGAGUGUUUGAUGAGUGUGACACCGAGGUGGACGUCCUCCACUGGUCCAGACACAAUGUCUUCCUGCUCUACGACAUGGGAAUCUUCACGGCACUGCUGGAGCUGCUUAGCAUGGAGAUCGAUAACAACCAGGCGUGUAGCAGUGCAGUGAGGAAGCCUGCCAUCUCCCUCGCAGACAGCACAGAGCUCAGGGUGCUACUGAGCAUCAUGUACCUGAUGGUGGAGACCAUUAGACUUCAAACAGAGGACGACAGACCUGAGUGGAGAACAGCCCGAGAAGCCUUCAAGAACGAGCUAGGUUCACCUCUGUACAACGGAGAGCCCUUCGCCCUACUCCUCUUCACCAUGGUGACCAAGUUCUGCAGCAUGAAUGCCCCACACUUCCCCAUGAAGAAAGUCCUACUGCUGCUCUGGAAGACAAUACUAUUCACCUUGGGGGGUUUCGAGGAGCUCCAGGAGAUGAAGGUACGGGGCCGGGAGCGUCUGAACCUGCCCCCGCUGCCCGAGGACAGCAUCAAGGUGGUCAGGGCCAUGAGGGCAGCCUCGCCACCAGCCUCUGCCAUGGAGCUCAUUGAACAACAGCAGCAGCAGAAGAGAGGCCGUCGCAGCCGCAGGAGUGCCUUUGUUGAUAGCUUGGAAGGAGACAGUCCCUUUCCCAAGAAGCAGCCUCUGGUCAAACAGGACAGCCUGGACACGUACAACGAGCGGGACCCCUUCAAGAACGACGACGCCCGGGAUGAGGAGGAAGACCCCGAGGAUACGGACAGCGGCAUUGAGGGCGAGGUGGACCCCUUGGACCGUGAUGUGAUCAUCCAGCCGCCGCCUCCACCUCCUCCCCUCAGACCCCCCACAGAAAGGGUCAACUUCCCCAAGGGCCUCCCCUGGGCCCCCAAAGUCAGGGAGAAAGACAUCGAGCACUUCCUCGAGACCAGCAGAAACAAGUUCAUCGGUUUUACGCUGGGAAAUGAUAUAGAGACCCUGGUGGGCUUGCCCAGACCGAUCCACGAGAGCGUCAAGACUCUUAAACAGCACAAAUAUGUGUCCAUCGCUGAAGUCCAGAUCAAGAGGGAGGACGAGCUGCAACAGUGUCCUCUGACUCUGGGCGAGGAGGAGGUGGAGGAGACACCAACAGAGAUGCUGUACCUGGGCAUGCUUCCUAACCUUUCCCAGUAUGUGAUUGCCCUCCUGAAGCUGCUGCUGGCUGCAGCUCCGACCUCCAAAGCCAAAACUGACUCCAUUAACAUCUUGGCUGAUGUGUUGCCUGAGGAGAUGCCCAUCACAGUCCUUCAAAGCAUGAAGCUGGGAAUCGACGUGAACCGACACAAGGAAAUCAUCGUCAAGGCCAUCUCCGCUCUGCUCCUGUUACUCCUUAAACACUUCAAGCUCAACCAUAUUUAUCAGUUUGAGAUUGUCUCCCAGCACCUUGUGUUUGCCAACUGUAUCCCACUCAUCCUCAAGUUCUUCAAUCAGAACAUAAUGUCCUACAUCAGUGCCAAAAACAGUAUAUGUGUGCUGGACUUUCCCCACUGUGUGGUCCAUGAAAUGCCUGAGCUCACAGCUGAGAGCCUGGAAGCAGGAGACAGCAACCAGUUCUGCUGGAGAAACCUGUUUUCUUGUAUCAAUCUGCUGAGAAUAUUAAAUAAGCUGACCAAGUGGAAACACUCCAGGACAAUGAUGCUGGUGGUGUUCAAGUCUGCCCCCAUCCUGAAGAGAGCACUGAAGGUGAAGCAGGCCAUGAUGCAGCUCUACGUCCUCAAGCUGCUUAAGAUCCAGACAAAGUACCUGGGCCGCCAGUGGAGGAAAAGCAACAUGAAGACCAUGUCGGCCAUCUACCAGAAAGUCCGCCACAGGCUCAAUGACGACUGGGCCUACGGGAACGAUAUCGAUGCACGUCCCUGGGACUUCCAGGCGGAGGAGUGUGCCCUGCGUGAGAGCAUCGAGAAGUUCAACAGCCGGCGCUACGACAAGAACAAGAACGGGGACUUCACCCCCGUGGACAACUGCCUGCAAAGCGUGCUGGGCCAGCGCGUAGAGCUUCCCGAGGACUUCCACUACAGCUACGAGAUGUGGCUGGAGAGAGAGGUCUUCUCCCAGCCCAUCCAGUGGGAAGGGCUGCUGCAGAAUCCGUGAUGGAGGGUGGAAGGAGAGGGUUCGGCGGGGAGGGGAGGGCGACGUGGUGGCGGUUGGAGAGGUCACAUACGAGCCUGUCGGAGUAGUUUUAGGGUGUGUUCUUAGUGUGAAAAUGGAGCCUCCGAGCAGAUCAGAGGAGGAGGAGGCAGGAAUGGAGGUUAUACUGCACGUCAGUGAUGGAGAGAUGGGGGAGGGUGAAGAAAAAGAAGCUGAUGGGAGAAGACUGAAGAUGAAGGGUACAAACAAAUGAAUGCUUCCUACUGUGAACUGUGAGCCCGACACAAAUAGAUGCCACACUCACACUCGACGCUAACACGUGCCUACGACUACUGUGAACACACACAUGGACGUGAAAGGCAAGAACAGACGAAGCAGUUCAUCAUAAACCUGCUAUAUCAGGAGACUGUAUCAGCCAGUUAUACUGCCCCCGCCCCACCUCCCCGCCUCUGUGUUACACCACAAAAAUAUCUUCACCACUUCAAUUUAUAUGUCUCUCUUUUUAAAAUGUUGGUGCUCUUUUGACUCCUUAGUGACAUUUUCCUAUUUAUUUAUAUCAGUGGGUGUGGUUAAACAUUUUACAAUAUUUUUGUUUUUGAAAGAAGAUGUAAAUUUAAAUGAUUUCUAAUCAGUUUAUGUCUUUUUUUUUUUUUUAACAGUGGGUAUCGGGUUGUAGUUUGUUGUUGAGGGAUUUGAAAGUUUUUCUUACGCAUUUUCUAGAAGAAAAAAAAAAAGCCACAGGGUCAUUUUUUUAGUCAAAAUGUAGAAGUGGGAGAUAUUUCCACAAAAGGCAUAGUGAUCUCACAAAAUAUGUCACCAAAAAAAAAAAUAAUUAAGGAACAUACCAGCUAUAAGUCUAUGGGUUUGUUUGUGAACGUAAACAGUGUGCAUGUGCAGAAAGAAAGAAAACAAACAGUAAAUGAAAAUGGGCACAUGAGGAGGCUUGGAGAAAGAAACAAUAAGAAUCCUUUGGAAGAAACUCUAUGUAUCCUGUUUGUUAUCUGGACAUUUACCCUGUAUUGAAUCAUUACUAUUCUAGGUAUCUUAGAAACUCUUUGGUAUCUUUGAAUUUCAAAUCCAGAAUCAAAUCUGUACAUCCAAAAUCAUGAAGUCCAUGGAAAAGCUAAGCUCUAUAACAGUGGGGCAGUUAACUUGAUGCACAGUUAACAAAACAACCAUUUAAAGUCUCUUUUAAAACCUAAAAUUUGGUGUAAAAACUGAGCAGCAACCUCCGUGGCUGUGAAGUGAAGCCAACGUGGAAGUGCCAAAAACUGAUUUUGAAAAUGGCUCUUUAGAAACUCGUGGAUACAGACGUAUACACUGUCCCUUCUCUUUCUGUCCCAUUUGAGGCAAAGAAGAAAACUUACUUGGACUUAAAAGUCCAGUGUGUAGGAUUUACCUGCAGGUUGCAACCAAUUGAAUAUCCCCUACCUCACCUACCCUUCUUAGCAUGCAGGGGAACCCACGGUGGCUGUGAAAGUUGCGAAAUAACCUGAAAUCUCUCGUUUGUCUGUUCGGUGCCAUGGAGCCACUCUUUGUCUAUGUUCAUUCAAAGGUAACACAAAACAAACAAAUUCAACACAAAUAUUCUUAUUUUCAGGUGAUCAUACACUAAACAGUUUUGUUAAAAAUACAUUUCUGCCAUUGAUCCCUCUAAAUCUUACACACUGGACCUGGAAAUUUGAGAUUUAUGCUUUUAAGAAUCGAAACUCACUGGUUGUUUUGGCAAAUGUACAUCUCUUAACCUCCCCACCAGCCUUUCUAUAGAACCAUAUGGGGCUAAUCGAGCCUCAGCAAUGAUCAGCAUAGCAGGAAUUUUGUUGAAAGUUUAAGAUAGCUAAUUGUGACCCCCCCGUUUCAACCCGUUGACUUCCUCUCUAUCGGCCCAACAAACAGCACAAUAUGUAAAAAACCACUGAGCUCCUCGGUGGUGGCCUUGGUGAGCACUUUGCCACCCUUGCUUGGAAGAACACAGUCGUCACAAAAAAAAUGGUGCUGCUUUUGUAGUUCGUCUUCACUGUACCUUAUUCGCUCCUUCACGUCCAACUACCUAAGCGGGGGACUACAGAGUUGAGGGCUCUGGAGUGUUUCCUGUGAAUGUCUGAAACUGAAGCACAGAUUACAAAGAGCAUGGUCACCUUUUUUUUUUUCUCCAUAUCAUUGCUCAGAUUGUUACCUACAUGCCUUGAUGGCUCAAGAGCAGUCGUGUAUUAUCUUUGUACAGAACAAUAAUUUGGACACUCAGGCUUCUCUGUGCAAACGUGCAUGGCCGCUGUUUUGUUUGGAGUAUGUGUUAACAUUUAAACCUUGUAUUUGGAAUGGCUAGUCUUCUUUUGUCUAAUGUUUCCAAUACAAGUAGAAGUCUCUCAGUGUUCUGCAUUACAAGGGGUUUAUUUUUCUUCUUCGGGAAAGUGAAAUCUUUAAAAAAAAUAAUAUUGUAUACUUCAUAGAUUCUCAGGUUUACGGAGAUAAUAUAUUGCAACGGUUUUAAAAGCUUCCUGCCGUCAUCUAGCUCACUGUACUGAUGAAUACACCGUUAUUGUCACGUUCUUGUACAACAAUAACACCUGAAGCACUAAACACUCACUGCAUCGGCUGUACGUGUUCACUAAUAACUCAUGGUGAGUUUGUAUUUAUGUCACUUACAUUUUAAUUUUUUUUCUUUUUUUGUAUCUUGUGCCAAAUGUGAGUGCCAUUUUCUAUUUUUAUUUCAUUGUUGUUGCCUUCAUGACCAUGUUUAAGGUUUUUUUUCCAUUCAAGUCAAAGUUGAAGGAUUGCAAUACAAAAAUGUUAUUUUCUACCUGAAAAUUGUACAAUCAAUGAAAAUAGCUGUUUCUUGUAUCUGGUACAGUAUUUUACCAGAAAGUGUUUAGCAUUGUAUGGAUGUUACUACAGUAUAUAUGUGUUUUUGUUACACACAUUUCCAUAUCUGUAUAGUCUAGGUCAAUACUCAAUACUGAUUUGUUCAGGGGUAUGUGCAAUUACAGAUCCAUAGAGGCAUUAUUCAAUAGAAUGACAGAUUACAAUAUCAGAGUUGCUUAUUAAACAAUGUUGAACAGUU